AGAAAAGUCAUGUCAGCCGAACCUGCAGCAGCUCCAACCAAUUCUUCACUUCCAACUGAACCUUAUAUGGAUUUUCAAGCAAUGAUGAUUCCGGGAUUUUGCUUGGAAAUUCUUGGAACUGUGUUUUACGCUGCUGUGCUUCAUGUCGUACGAAAAAUCAUCAAGACUGACUGGCAGUGUGCUCCGUUUUACCGGAUCUUCUAUUACAUCGGAAUCGCCGAUGUUCUCCACUGCAUCUGUCUCUUCUGGAUGACAUUUCAAAAGUAUGUCAUCCAUGGGGACAUUCUCGGUUAUGUGACUCGUAUGGCAAGCAUCGGAACCUGUGUCCUCUACCUACUGAACAUCGCUGGUGGUGCUAUUAUGGCAGUCAAUAGAUACUUUGCAACCUUCAUCACGUUCCAUAACUCAUUCUCCAAAAGAAACAUUAAAUUAAUCUUGUCAUUGUCCACUGUUGGAGCUGCAGUCUGCUCAAUCCCCUCAAUGGUUUGCCACAGAGUUUGGAGUUGGGAUGGAAGUGCAUGGAAAUAUUCAACUGAACCUGCUUACAUGGGAAUUAUCCAAAGAUAUAUCAUCAUUGCCUGGCUUAUAAUUUUCCUAACUAUCACCUACGUCUACAUUUUCAUGACAAGUUUCCGAAUCCGAGAGUUUCCAAGAAAUGAGCGAUACCACAAAAAUGAUCAUACCCUGCUCUACUUCAUCAUCAUCCACUCCUUUUUCCAAUUCUGGAUGCUUAUGUACGAGCUCUUCGAGGCAUUCACUAUCACCUGGGGAAUCAUCAUAUUCAUGCAUGAAUGGUUCUUCGUCGUCUUCUACAUGCUAACCGUCUCCAAUGCAAUCUUCAUCUUCCUCUUCACACCACGUGUCCGCCGUGAUCUCUCGAAUUUCAUGUGCCAAGUAAUGGAAAUUUCCAUUCGAAACGGCACCUCUAACACCAUCCCGGUGCUCAAUGUGUCCGCAAAGUAUUGAAAGGAUUUUGAUGUUAUAAUUUCUGUGAAAUUCUAUUUAUUUGAUCGUUUAUUUAUUUAAGUUACAACAUUAAUAAUAAUAAAGCAUACAAUCCAAAAA